AUGGGAAACGCCGCGGCCUCUUCCGUGGCCGCCUCCACCGCGAGCAGCAGCGGCAGCUGCAGCAGCUGCAGCUGCAGCAGCAACAGCAAGUCCAGCUGCAGCAGCUGCAGCAGCUGCAGCAGCAGCAGCAAGCCAAGGCUGGCCCCCCCACUCAACUGGCAGGUCUUGUGGGAAGACCCUCUUUGCUGCUGCUGCGAGCUGAAGCCCUCGCCGCCUUUUGCUGCUCUUUAUCCUUUAGAUGGCUGCCCCGAACAUGGCCAGUUCAUUAACUCUUUGGGCCUCGCGCUGCACUACUACAUCUGGUACCCCCCCUGCAGCAGCAGCAGCAGCAGCAGCAGCAGCAAGUGUUACUGCGUGAGGCGGAAGCGCAGCAGCUGGGCCGAAAGGGCCUGUUCCGUCUCGGGCCCUUCUCCCAGCUUGCCCUACUGCAAAUUCGCAGCCCAGCUGCAGCAGGAGCAGCAGCAGCAAACGCAAGGAGACCAGCAGCAGCAGCAGCAGCAGCAGCAAGGGGACCAAGAGCAGCAGCAGCAGCAGGAGCAGCGCCACCCCGACGAAGAGGCCCACGGGCAGCAGCAGCAAGCGGACGAAGAGCAGCAACAGCAGCAGCAGCAGCAGCAGCAGGAGGAAGGGGAGGAGGAGGUGGAGUGGCUGUGUGUGGGGUGCCGGCAGCAGCGGCUGCAGCAAAGUCGAGGAGUUGUGCUGCUGCUGCACGGCUACCAGUCCCACGCCCGUUUCUCGUGGCUGCGGCGGUGGGCCCCGAGGCCCUCUUGCUGCAGAGACCCUCGGGUUUGUGGCUACGUGCCCCACUCGCUGCUCGCGCAGCAGCAGCAGCAGCAGCAGCAGCAGCAGCGCAGCAGCAGCAGCGGGGGCGGGGGCGGCGCGGCGGCUGCGCCGCCGCGCCGCUGCGCAGCAGCAGCAGCAGCGGCGGCCGCGGAGCGCGGAGAGGGAGCGGGCGUCGCGCCCCGCAGCAGCAGCAGCAGCAGCGCAGCAGCAGCAGCAGCAGCAGCAGCAGCAGCAGCAGCAGCGUGCGGCGGCUGCAGAGGCAGCCCGCAGUACGGCGGCAGCUUCGUGGAAGUUCUGAACAAAAUGGGAUUUGUUGUUUUCGGAUUGGACUUGGAAGGCCACGGACUUUCGGAAAGUUGGAAAGAAAGAAAAGGCUGCUGCUGCUGCUUGCGGGACUUGGCGCUGGACGCAAUGCAAGCAGCAGCAGCGCUCAGGAGGCGCCUUGCUGCGCUCGCUGCAGCAGACGCAGCAGCAGCAGCAGCAGCGGCGGCGGCGGCCGGCGCAGCAGCGGCGCAGCAAGACCUGGCCGCCGCCCAGAAAGACCCCGCCGCUGCCGCUCCUGCUGCUGCACCUGCUGCUGCUGCUGCUGCUGCAGAUGCAGCAGCGGAGACAGAGGAGACCCAGGAGGCAAGAGGAGCAAAUGAAGCAGAUGAAACAAAUGAAACAAAAGAGUUAAAAGCAGCAAAAGAAUCAAAAGCAGCAGCAGCAGCAGCAAAAGAUAUUGUGGGGUCUCCUUUGCCGCUGCCUGUCUUUCUUGUGGGGUCUUCUUUGGGGGGCUGGACUGCAGCAAGAUUUAUGCAGCUUGCUGCUGACGAAGCAGCAAUUAAGGAGGCGCUGCCGCACUUUGCUGCUGCAGUCACCGCAAGGGCUGCAGCAGCAGCAGCAGCAGGUGCUGCAGCAGCAGAAAAAGGAGCUGCAGCAGCAGAAAAAGGAGCUGCAGCAGCAGAGCAAGGAGCUGCAGCAGCAGAGCAAGGCGCAGCAGGAGCAGCAGCAGCAGCAGGAGCAGCAGGAAGUUUGGGAGAGUUGAUGCGGGAGUGGUUUUGUGUCUCCGGAUUAAUUCUUUUGUCUCCAAUGCUGGACGUGGAGUUGUCGAAGAAGAGCGCGAGGUGGACGUACACCCGGUGGCUGCUGCAGCAGCUGUCGCGGUUCGCGCCGCAGCUGCCGGUGCGGAGCAGCAGCAGCAGCAGCAGCAGCAAGUUCGAGGCGGAGCAGCAGCAGCGCGCCGCAGACCCGCUGCCGAGGUGUCUGUACACCCCGCGGAGACAGCCAAAAUCUCCCCGCAAACUUGUGGGGCCCUUCUGCUAG